CCAGAAGUAGAACCAGCACCCAUGGAUACAGAGUCCGCUGUUGCCUCUUCCUCUGUUCAACCAGCCGACGCCUUAGAAAACCCAGCAGACGGGACAGAAGGGCAAUCUCUCAAGUCAGAUAUACAUGUAAAUGUAGGCCAUGAGGGAGGAGUUGGAGAUGUUCAGUAUCCAAUUAAGAUUCAAUCAGCAAGUGGUGGUGAAGGUGAUGGAUCUUCCUCUGAAACAGAUUUGCUUAUCAAGGGUCGCCACUUUUUACCAGGGAAUGGUGGCUCGAGCCCUAGCACAGAGACCACUAGUGGGAAUAAUGAUGCUCGUGAUAUACUAGACAUCACGUGGGCCCCAACCCCAGCGCCAAAGAAUUUUGAGCUUGCCACGCUGAAUAGGUUUCUGCAGCAGGGAGGAUGUGCACCAGUAGAAGGCCAGCUCCAAACUGCAAUUGGUUAAAAAAUGAUUUUAUAGCGAUAUCUUGGGAUAAAUUUGAACUUUGGCUUUCAGUAAACAAUUGUAAAUGCCAAGAUAGAUUUUUAAUGUCAGUAUACUUAGUAGCGCUAAUGUCAGUUUUGAACAACCAAGCCUGCUACUGGAAAGUGGGACUCUCUCCUGAUACUAUCCUGCACUUGGGCCUGACAUGUAGUACCGUAAAUGAGGUGUUACUAGUAUUGGUCCCUCCCUAGUAGUGGUUAGUAGUGGUUUGGCUAUUGUCUGCAAAAUAGCCUUUUUGCUAUGUAUCAUUAUAUUAGCUUGUAAAUAAAUCACCCAUUUGUAAAAAAAAGUGUCCCUGCUUCUUAGGUGGCAGCACUGUCCUCUGCAGACAGGUACAAGUGUAGCAUGUGGAAAGUUGUGAUCUCUCCUAAGGGACUGGACAGUACCGUAACUCAGUUCAUGAAAAACUUCUCCAUUCCAGUACAUGUAUAUGUACAAUUUAGCCAAUGCUAGAGCAACUCCAGGAGAACAUUUCACCGCCAACCAAGGAGAUAAAAACUUCCAAUAGCAGUACUCUGACGGUGCAGCCAACUGCAGGGUUGUCCUCAUCAAACAGUAAUUACAGUAGGAACUGCACCUUUGGUCAAUUGGCUCCUUAGCAAUGGAAGGUGUUACUAGUAUGUGAAAUGAGCACUUCUGCAAGGUUCUUAGGAACAGGAUGAUCCCUGCAUGGGUUGAUAAAGAUGUAUUAGUAGGUCAUACCACAUGCCCUUCAGGUGCCUUAGCCAUGGGGGGGGGGGGGGUCCAA